AUGCACACUCCAGCCUCAAUUGUGAUUGGCAUUGUCUUCGCUCCCUUGGGACUGGUGCUGGUGUUCACGGCAGCCAUCACACCUCAGUGGCGGGAAGGCCAGGCUCGUCUGGGGAGGGUUGGGACUGGUGUAGGUGAAGCCAGAGGUAUCGAGCUUCUGCUCCUCCGCUCAGAUGGACUAUGGGAGAGCUGCCUGCAGGUGGUGCACUCUGACUUGCGGGAGUGCUGGCCUGUAUCUGGACCAUACCAACAUGAUUCACAUGUCCGUGCCACUCGGGGACUUGUGCUCUCGUCUCUGUUCCUGUGUGGCUCAGGGAUUGUGCUUGCCAGUGUUGGUGCCCGCUGUUGGACGGACACGCCACUCAGAAACGUAGCAGGAGCUGGAGGAUUGCUGGUGGCACUUGCAGGUGUGCUCAGCCUCGCAGCAUUGAGCAUCUACACUCAUCACUUGCCCAAACUGGGAGUAGAGCUCGUAUCAAACAUAUCUGACUUCCAAGGGCUUGACUUGCACAAGUUGCCCAGUCUGACCCUGCGCCCGGCUGGUUCGCUGUAUUUCGGGUGGGUUGGUGCAUGGGUGCAGGUGCUUGGAGGGCUGGCACUGCUGUUUGGUGUUGGACGACCGCAGUGCCCGGUUCGCACCAAACAAGUACAGAGGGAGAUUGUGAUGAAAGCCUAUGAUGUCAGCUGCUAG